GACCGCUGCGCCGUCUAGCGGCAAGAUGCCGUACUUUCCGUAGGACGUUCGAGUUCGGGCGUUGUUGAUGCGACGCCUGUUCCUUCCGAUCGGCUUCGUGCGGCUCGUAUCACACUGUGCCCGCUAUCGCCUCAUGUGUACCACAGUACACAUAGUCAAUGUGGAGGCCGCGCAGCAAUGUGAACUGUUGUGUAACCGGCUGUAAGAGCACCUACCGCACCGUCUCGGACUCGGGUCAAAGGCUACGCUUCUUCAGCUUUCCUGCCAAGGCGUACCACGCUAAACGACGUAACGACUGGAUAGAACUGGUCAGGCGAGCCCGGGGAGACACAGACGGCACUUGGUCACCGACAAAAAACUCGAGGAUCUGCUCCAAGCACUUUGUUGGCCAUGAAAAGGGCGAAGAUCCAAGGGAGGUCAACUACAAUCCGACCAUCUUCGAGCCGAUAAGCAAGGAACAAGCGUUACACCAGAAGCUCUACGCCUUUUACACUAAGGGAGGUUCGAAGAACGCAGCAGCAGGUUCAACUCGCAAGAGACCCUCGAAAAAGGCAUCGAAGGACACUAACAACUCGGCUACGCAAACGACCGUGAAAAAGAUGCUGUCCUCAGUAGCUCGCACAACUGCUACAACCGCGGUGACACAGCCUCCCCAGAAGACAGUUUGCAAGCCGGCGUCAGUCGACGGCGACCUCGGAACCGUCACGCUCGACGACUUCCUCCGUGAGUGGUCCACGGAUCCCUUCCCAAAGUUUGUUGCACCGCGCCUCGCGGGCAAUGGCAAGGGCGGCGGCGGUGAGUCGAAGGAGGCCGCUGACCGCAAGGGCUUCGAGUGCCCCGUGUGCGGCGACAAGUAUGGCUGCUCCCGAAGCCUGCGGCGCCACCUCUCCCGGCGCUCGUUCCUGGCGCGGCUGCCGUGCUGCAAGUGCCGCUCGUGCCACCUGGCGUUCAACCGCUGCACCCUCAUCAUGAGGGCACAGGGCUGCCACAUCAGGGCAAGCGGCGCGACACUGUCGGCGCUCGGCCCCGGGGAGACCCUGGUGCCCGUCGAGCUGUCGCAGGACGGCGGCGGGACACCGGGCGUGGCGCAGGAUGACGUGCCCAUGACGGUGCUCGAGAAGGUCCUCCAGAACGUGGUGUGCUCCGAGUGCUUCGUGGAGCUACGUGAUGCCUCCGCCCGCGAGGACCACUUCCACCCGUCGCGGGGCAACCUGCUCCGCUGCGCCAGCUGCCCGAUGCUGUGCACCUCGGAAUGCGCCUUGCGCGCCCACCGGCGGCUGCACCUCCAGCGGCGGCCCUUCGUCUGCCCCGAGUGUGGCCUGCGGACGGAGGAGCCCUGGGCGGCGUUCCACCGCCACGUCUGUCUCCACUGCCACCACUUCGACCGCAUCGUGGGCUACCACUGCCAGCUGUGCCCCGCCCUGCUGCUCGAUCAGAACGAACUAGCGGCGCACAUCGUGGACACGCACAGCAGCGCCCUGCACAAGUGCCAGGCGUGCCCGAUGGCCUUCGUGAGCUUGGACAACUUCCACCAGCACCGCAAGUCGGUGCACCCGAAGCUCCGCUCCACCUGUUGGCUCAUCCUCAAGUGCCCGCUGUGCGAGGCCGUCUUCGCCUCGUCCGAGCUGCUCACCUCCCACGUGGGGAACCACCUGGAGCGGUGCGGACGCUCCCUCUUCAAGUGCACGGCAUGCGACUCGCUCCAGCCCACGCGCGCCGACCUCAUCGCGCACUUAGAGAAGCUGCAUCCUGGAUUGCACGAGCCGUCGUCGCUCGUCGCGGAGGAGCGGGGCUUCGCGGUGGCGGUGGUGGCGUCGUCGGAGGGUGUCGCAGGGGCGCCGUACUCGGCCGGCGUCAAGAAGGAGGAAGUGAUUGAACUCGAUGACGACGACGACGGCGAGGACCAGGACAGAGAGGAGGUGAUAGACGAGGAAGCAGUUCGCUUGGCCAGAGAGGCAAAGCGGCAGGCAGUCACUAAAACGUACAGCCCCAAGAAGAAGGCAAGAAGCAACAGCCAAAACAGCAGCCAGAACAGCAUGUCUGCCGAGGAGCAGCAACAGCCAGAAGCGGGGCACACCAAGAAUGCCGCUCCAAACAACAACAACAACAACAGCAACGCGCGCACAUGCGCGAAGUGCGCGUUCGAGUCCGACGACCCCGCCGUCUUCCGCAAACACAUCGCAACCCACCGGCCGGCCAACCACGAGACGUUCCAGUGCCCCGAGUGCGGCCUGUGCUACGUGGUGGAGCCGUCGCUGCGCAAGCACCUCCGUGGAGUGCACCGCAUCGUCGAGAACGCGGCAGAGGACGCGUCUUCCACGGCGGUCGCGGGGAACAACGCGGGGGGCGCCUGCGCGGGGCACCGCUGCAGCGUGUGCCUGGCGACGUUCGACACGGAGCGGGAACUCAAAAGCCACACACGGACGCACGGCAUGGCGUUCCUCAAGAAGGUCAAAGCGAGCGGAAACGCGUGACAUGUGGCACGUAACUCAAGCAUUUUGUUUUUGUUUUUUUUCAUUACGUGCGGGACGAAAUCCAAUAAACGUGCCUCACGGAA